AUGAUCGAAAAAUUUCUGGCGGUCGUAUUUCUGUUGAAAUGUUUGAACUAUUUGGAUGCAAUUGACGAUGGAUAUCGAGAACAAUCGCAUCCCGAAGGCGAUUACUACGUGGUUGGCGUCGUUGAGUUCAGGCCGGAAUUGCUCAACAUGGAUAUAGCAACCCGAACCGGGAUACAUCUGCAAGCUUACAAGGAGCUCAUGCGAUCUGAAGAAGCGAAGCUAACCGACAUCGUAGUAUUUCCGGAGCUGACGCUCAACACCCUCAUGGAUCCCAUCCCCGUGCCGGACCCUCAAGAUGCCAUUAUUCCUUGCGUACAAGACUCUCCGGACCUCCUCGCCCAGUUAUCCUGUCUGGCCAUCGAAACCGGCAAGUACAUCGUAAUCAACUUGUCCGAAUCGUUCGACUGUGAUUCACUGCCACCGGAAGAUCUUCGACCUUGCGAUCCAGCCGCAUACCACCGUUACAACACCAACGUAGUAUUCGACAGAAACGGAACCCUGGUAGCACGCUACCGUAAGUUCAAUAUCUUCAGAGAACCGGGAACGAGCGUCACCUUCCGGCCGGAGAUCGUCACAUUCGAUACCGACUUCGGGGUCACGUUCGGGGUAUUCACCUGUUUCGAUCUACUGUUUGCCGAGCCGGCACUUGAAUUGGUUAAGCACGGCGUUAAAGACUUUGUAUUUCCGGCUAUGUGGGUUUCUGAACCUCCAUUCCUGACGGCCGUGCAGAUCUUCGAAAGUUGGGCCUAUGGAAACCACGUGAAUCUGAUUGCCGCAGGGACGAACUACGAUCCGGCUGGAAGCACUGGAACCGGCGUUUUCAAUGGACGCAACGGAGCUGUGUUUGGCUUUAUAACCGGGGAGCCCACCAGAAAACUCUUCCCAGUCCGGGUUCCCAAAAUUCAUGGAAGUCUCGCUCCAAACACAGUUCUGUCUGACAAUUCCGAAAUAGUUUCUGGUCGUCCCGAGGGAAAUUUCCUAGAGAACAUCGUCAUGGGUCAAGAUUUCCUAGACCGAUUUAGCACCGUUGUAAUCAAACCUGAACAAGUUCACCAGGACUUCAACCGCACUCUUUGCAACGGUGACUUCUGCUGUGACUUCCGUGUCAGUUUUUCCACAGAUUUUCAUCGGAACAUUAGUCACCGGUACCGGCUGGCCGUAUUUGACGGAGUUCGCACGUUUCAGGGGUACGCCGAUGCACAUGUCACCAUCUGCGGAAUUAUCACCUGUCGCAACGAAAGCCUAGCAAGUUGUGGACUUCCUAUGUACGAAAACUCACACUUCUUCGAGUUUGACCAAAUUUCCAUCUCCGGUGACUUCAUCGCCAAUGGAACACUUGCUAUGCCGAGCAGCCUGGAUGAUAAGUUCCACUCACUGGAUGCGGAUCGGUAUCUGUUCCAUUCAACUGUCGAUUAUCCAAGCGAUCGACAGCACGUUCAGCUCACUCUUGCAGGCACGACAGAUGACCUCCAGACGUUUGCCAUUUAUGCUUUCAAUCAUGAGGGUUUCGAAUUUUUCAACCCGAAAUUGCCACCACAGGAGAUAACAACCACCACGGAGCGAGGUACCACAGCGGAAGAUGACGGCGAUGGUGCUAGUGCAAUGAGAAGGGCUUCCGGAUUAAAACUAAUCAUCACCAUCUACAAUCAGGUUUACAAUACAUAG